AUGGACUCGACCAGCGUACAGGCACCACCCAAGCCAAAUCCACACCAAGACAGCGGCCGCCUUCCGCACGACUACCACGUCGACAUGGAGCAGACCAACGAGCCGCUGAUGCUCAAGGACGAGAACUGGGACCUCUACUCGGUGUCGGGUGUUGCCGCUGUGCAGAUGCUGGCGCAGGCACUGCAGUCACUAUCCAACAUCACCGGAGAUGUCGUGUGCACAACNCCCGUGUACCAAAAACAACAAGUGUUCAAGCCGCAAGCAACCAUCCCCGAGGGCUCGAACCCGCCGUCUCCCGACUCGAUAACACCGCCUGCUCACACGCCAGAGUUGGAAGGCUCGCCAACACUCGCUCCACACCACUGCGUACCCGUCCACCACAUCGGCGCCCCCGAGGCCAAACGCGACGAACCCAUCGCUCCGCCCGCCGACUACUCGCCCGAACCAGAUCUUGCCGAAGCCAACGCCCUGCAGCUUGCUGCUGUCUCGCGACGCUUCUUCCUCAAAGCUGCUCCGCCAUUCUCCAUUACCGAUUAUCUCCUCCGCAUACACAAAUUCAGCCCACACUCGCCUGGUGUCUACUUGGCUGCCGCAUCCUACAUACACCGCCUCUGUGUUGUCGAGACUAUGGUACCAGCCACCCCUCGUACAGUGCACCGUCUGGCACUGGCCGCCAUCCGGAUAGCUAGCAAGUCCCUCGAAGACAACAAAUGGACGCAAGAGCGCAUCGCUCGCUUGGGCGGCAUAAGCACAAACGAGCUUCGGAAGCUCGAGAUCAGUUUUUGCUAUUUGCUCAACUUUGACCUUUUCUUGAGGCCUGAGGAUUUGCAGCGCUCCAUGUGGUUGCUGCAGAGCACUGCCCGUCAAGGCCUUUCUGUCAGGCGACGCCUCAGCGAGGGCUUCAUCAUGCGACUACCGCCCAGAUUGCUGCCCGAAGCUGCUAUCGGAGCAUGA